AAUGAUGACAUUUAACGAGGUUAGGUAGUACAACAUAGUGCUUCUCGCUGGGUUUUUUAUUUAAAAAUAUCGUUGUCUAGUCCAUUCAAAAAAUCUUAGAUUAUUAAAUUUAUUGCUAGUUAUUGUAAAUAACCUCCAAGAUUAAAAUUAUUGCGUCAGUAAUAUGCCCGCGUAUUUCAUAUUCGAACCAAGUUGAGUUGUAAUUAUUGUUUACUUUUUAUUUUGUUAUUAAAUUGUGAAUUAGAAACACUGCGAUAGAGGUAUGAAUGGGACUACCAUGGAAAGACAUGGACAUGGCCAGGCAAACCAGAAGCUUCCUAGAAACUACAAAUUAAUAGUUGACCCGUUAAUAAAAAAGGGAGCUACGGCGAAGAUAUAUAGGUACGAUGGAGUUAUACCAAAUGACACUUCUUACCCUCCUGUAAUACCAAGAGAUCCUAGAUCCAACUUGACAAGAAUAUGGGCUAGAUUGGAAACACUAGACCUGCCAGUUCCUAGGUUCAAAAUCGAUCAAAACUAUGUUGGAGAACCUCCUACCAUCGAAGUCACUAUCUUUCAUCUCAAUGAUAAUAUUGAUACGCAUUUUCUUAGGGAUAUGUUACAGAAAUUUGGUGCAAUUGAGGAACUUUUUAUUUAUUAUCAUCCUGUAACCAGUAGGCAUCUAGGAAUAGGUAGAGCCAUAUUCGAAUCAGUCAAAAAUGCUAAGGCAUGCGUGGAAAAACUGAACAAUACCAGUGUUAUGGGCAAGAUAUUGGAAGUUUUUCUGGAUCCAUUUGGAGAAAAGUGCAAAGAAAAGUAUGAAGUAUUUACUACUGAAAAGAAACCACCCCAACCUCCAUUGACUACAGAAACUACACCAAAAACCGAAGAAAAAACAAAAGUUGAUUUAGAUAAACCUUACGACCCAGCGGAUGACGAUUUUGAUGAGCCAUCAGAUAGAUAUAAAAAGGAUAAAGACAAAGACGUAGAUAAAAAACUAAGAGACAGGGAUAUUGAGAGAAGUAGGGAUAGAGAUAGGGAUAAGGAUAGGUACAGUGGAGGAAGGAGUUAUCGUGGAGAUUUCCCUACCCCUAGUAGCACUGAUAUGGGUUAUGCUACCGGUCAAAGUUCAGAGUUUUCGGCAAGUUUCGGAUCAGCAGGAACAACUCCGUUAAACUUUGACUAUCAUGGACACACUAUACAGCCACCUCCACUGCCCAAUCACUUUCCCUUUGCCCCAUCGUACCAUCCGAUUUCCGCACCUCCACCACCUACAGUUUGGCCAACUCCAGUCCCUACCUCUCAGUGGUCACAGGACAGUUGGGACAGAUCUCCGGCCAAUCUACCCCCGGGAGCUUCUCUUAACAAAUGGUCUAGCUCCAGCGACGAGAAACACCACCACAGCAAGAACAAGGAGAGAGAUUAUAGAGACAGGGAUCGCGAUAGAGACAGGGAUAAGGAAAAGGAUAGGGAUAGGGACAGGAAGAGGGAUGGGGUAAAGAGGAACCACAAAGAAAACGAAAGGGAGAAAGAUAGGAAUGAACAAGAAGAAAACAAGCCUCUUGAUCUCGACACCCGGAUAGCCCUUUUACUAAAGGAAAAGGGCUCUGGGGGUAUGGCACCUCCAUUUUUAAACUUCGGUCCUGACUCUGACGACGAAUCAAAACCUACGGAUAAGUUAUUAAAACAAGUUCCUAUAGGCACGUCAUUGAACAGCGAUGAUGAGGAUGACAGGUCAAGUGUAUCGUUGAGCGAUAUGGCCAUCAAUCCACAAGCACCAGACCUGGAUUUUGACUAUCCCAAAAAGGAGGAAAAUGCGCCCUUAUCAGAACCCCCUUCUCCCUUCCUAUCAAGGGAAAUUUAUUUGAACUGUCAUCAGUUGGCUCUAGAGCAGGCUGUCGUGGCAAAACAACGGGAAGCAUUAGAGACCACUGCUUUGUUGAAAAAGGUACACAUAGAAAUGAAUAAAAUAGGAAGUGAUAUAUCGUCAAGCGAAGACGAACUGUUGACAGGUGAAAGCAUUCAGAAUAACUACAGUCCCAUUGACAAGUCAGAUUUUAGGAAUGAAUUUAAAAUGGAGAAGGACGACGACAGAAUGAGCUUAUCCUCGCUAAGUAGCAAUGAAAAAAUCGAGGAGGUUCAACCCGAACCUCCACCCCCACCCCUACCUCCUCAACCUCCUACAACCGCCCCUCCUCCGCCAUUGCCGCCGGUACCGGGAAUAUUUCCUACUCACUAUCCACCAGGACUACAGCACUAUCCGGGUUAUCCAGCAGCCCACUUUGCUCCCUCGUUUCCGCCCCACUUUCCUCCGCCGCCUCCAGCGUACGGACAACUAGACUGGAGAACUUAUCCUUACGGCCCUCACCAGAUGUAUCUGCCUCCAUUGAAUUUCUCCCAAUUACCUCCACUACAUCCGGCUCAGUUUAAUCCGUAUCAACUGCCUCCCAAGAAGCCAGAAAACACCAAAGAUGAUCCCCACGCAUCUACUAUUAAUACGGUGAUCCAACAAGUUACGCAGGAACUGAAAAACAUCUUGAAGAGAGAUUUCAACAAGAAGAUGGUGGAGUCCACUGCUUUCAACAGAUUUGAAGUGUGGUGGGAAGAAGAGAGUAGCAAGGAGAACAAAGCUAAAGAUAAAGAAGAGCAACUAUUAGACAAAGCCCAGCUUAGUCGAGACAACAUCAAUGUCCUCUUGGAGUCCACACGCGAGAACCUUUACAGCAGUCUCAAUCUUGAUUCUUCUGUUGGCCUUGGUUUUCUUACCGCGUUACCCAAAAUGCCCAGUUUUAGAAGAAAGAAAAUACCGUCACCAGUUCCUGAAGAUGAGGACGAACAGAAAGUAUCCGAUAAUGAAGAAAUUGUCCACAAUUCGGAUUCUGAUGUAACCAGGAGGGAAAGAAAGACUUCAGUGAGUAGCACGAGCAGUUCUUCGAGUUCGUUCGUCUCCUCUAGCGACAGUGAUAGCUCAGAUGACAGCUCUUCAGACUCCGAAGAUGAAGAAGAACCAACUGACAGGCAUGUAUCUCCGAUGAGCACUCCCGGAACGGAUACAGCUCCUGAGGUCGAAACUGUCGGCAAAGCAGAUGCUAUUGUCAACGCAGAUGCUAUUGCCAAAGCAGAAGCUAUUGUCAACGCAGAUGCUGUUGUCAACGCAGAUGCUAUUGUCAACGCAGAUGCUAGAGUCAAUGCAGAUGCUAUCGUUAACGCAGAUGCUAGUGUCAACGUAGAUACCGUCUCAAAGGAUAUAAAGGACGAAGAAAAUAUUGCAGAUGACCUGAUGGACGAGGAUAGUAUUUCGCCACUCAGAGACGGUAUUGAACCAAUGAACAAGACACCCGAACCUAUGCAAAUUGAUUCAGACGAUUUGGCAGCUAUCCAGCAACGAUCACCAGAAAUCAGUCCUCGAAAAUCGUUGAGCUAUAUGGAUGACAGUGAUAGUGAUAUUAGCGAUACUGAGCGAUUGAUCUUGGAAAGGCGAAGGUUAAAUACCGAGUAUAUGGAGCAAAUAGAGAAAGAAAGGGGAGAACUGAUAGUCAAAGAAGACAAACCUGUUGUUUCUAGGAUUAGAACUGAAGAAACUAGAGUUGUUCAUGAAAGAAGAAGAUCUGUAGAAACUAGAGUUGUUCAUGAAAGAAGAAGAUCUGUAGAAAAGGAUGUCAUGGACAAGAGUCUGGAAGAACUGGAAGCUGAGAGAGACGCCCUCCUGCAACAAGUCCGCAACCCCGAACCACCGCAAAGUAGACACGUCGAAGAGGUCAAAAUAUUUGAUGAAAAACCAAAGGAAAAAAUUGAAAUGGUUCAUGAAAGAGAAAUUGAUCAAUCAAAGAAAAAGAAAAGGGAUUUGAACGGAGAUCUAGUGACGGUGAAACCAAAGUCCGAAAGUCCUACUGGAGAGGAUAGUCCGCAUAAUCAUGUCUUUAACGAGCACUCAUAUUGCAUACAAAGUACAGAGAAAGAAACCCUGGAUCAACCCCAGAAAGAACAGCCUGUACAACUUUCUACUCAAAAUGCUCUUAACGAUCACGAGUAUCUUUCCAAGGAACAAAAAAUAGAGAAAGUUAAAAAGGAGAAACCUCCCAAGCCAAUUAAACCGAGGAAGCACAAGGAACAUAAAAAAUUACAAGAACUCCAAAAUAAACUCGCCUAUGAAAGGCAAUUCGCUUGGGGCGGAAGUGAUCCUUAUAGUUUUCAUAACGUACAGCAUAAACCAAGGGAUCAGUUGUCGGAGUUUUCAUUAAUGUUUGAAUUUUUGGCUAAAGGUAUCGAUAAAGAAGACGUGGAGUACAUUAAAAGAUCUUAUGAAGAACUGCUCUCAAAUGACGCAAUGAGCUACUGGUUGAACGACACCCAUUGGGUCGACCACUGUAUGACCGAUCUCUAUUCUAGUCCUCCGAAACGGAGGAAAAAAGACGAAAGAGUCCACGUCACCGGCAACGCAAGAACUGAGGGCUACUACAAACUGUCCGCACACGAAAAGUCAAGGUACAAAUAUCACCACGCGAAGUCGCAUGCUGUCAUCAGGUCUAGCACUGCAACGGUUACCAAACAAGGAUUAUCCCGAGAGGCUCGAUCCAAUCAAAGACGUUUGCUUGCUGCAUUCGGAGGAGAUACAGACUCAGACCUGCUCAAGUUCAACCAACUUAAAUUCAGAAAGAAGCAACUUAAGUUUGCCAAAUCGGCUAUCCACGAUUGGGGAUUGUUCGCUAUGGAACCCAUCGCUGCCGAUGAAAUGGUUAUUGAAUAUUGUGGGCAAAUGGUACGACCUGUCAUGGCUGACAUUAGAGAACAACAAUAUGAAGCUAAAGGAAUUGGAAGUUCAUAUUUGUUCAGGAUUGAUCUGGAAAAUAUUAUAGAUGCUACAAAAUGUGGUAAUUUAGCUCGGUUCAUCAACCACAGUUGCAAUCCCAACUGCUACGCUAAGAUUAUAACUAUAGAAUCACAGAAGAAAAUUGUGAUAUAUUCCAAACAGAGUAUAGGAGUCAACGAAGAAAUAACGUAUGACUACAAAUUCCCCAUAGAAGAUGCGAAAAUAACGUGUCUAUGUGGAGCGCCACAGUGCAGAGGAACACUGAAUUAAAUCAUUUACUAGAGCUUUUAUUUAUAUUUGAUUUAGCAGAUAGAUAAGUAUGAGGUUUGUUCUUAAAAUAAGGUCUCCCUAAUAUUACUUGUGGUUUCUAGCAUUUUUCUACAUAAUUACUGUUAGGGUUGAUAUACUUUUAUAAAAUAUGGAGCAGAUUUUUAUGUUCAUAUAAAAUCUCUGUCAGC